UCCUCCGGCGGCUUCCGGCGCGGCCCCUGCAGACCUGUAGCGACCAAAUCAUGGACCGCAACCCCUCGCCGCCGCCGACCCCGCCCAGGGACGAGGACGAGGAGGAGGGGGCCGGGGGAGACUGCAUAGGGAGCACGGUGUACAGCAAGCACUGGCUCUUCGGCGUCCUCAGCGGGCUCAUCCAGAUGGUUAGCCCUGAAAACACCAAAUCCAGCUCAGAUGAUGAGGAGCAGCAGAUGGAGCUUGAUGAAGAAAUGGAGAAUGAGAUUUGCAGAGUAUGGGAUAUGUCAAUGGAUGAGGAUGUGGCUUUAUUUCUCCAAGAAUUUAAUGCUCCUGACAUAUUUAUGGGUGUAUUGGCCAAAUCCAAAUGUCCUCGAUUAAGAGAAAUCUGUGUGGGAAUUUUAGGUAAUAUGGCCUGUUUCCAGGAGAUAUGUGUGUCCAUCAGCCAUGAUAAAAAUCUUGGCCAGGUAUUAUUGCACUGUUUGUAUGAUUCAGACCCUCCUACUUUGCUGGAAACAAGCAGAUUGUUGCUUACCUGCCUUUCCCAGACAGAAGUGGCCAGUGUCUGGGUUGGAAGAAUCCAGGAACAUCCAGCUAUUUAUGAUAGCAUUUGCUUCAUCAUGUCAAGUUCAACAAAUGUUGACUUGCUGGUGAAGGUGGGGGAGGUUGUAGACAAGCUCUUUGAUUUGGAUGAGAAGCUAAUGUUGGAAUGGAUUAGAAAUGGGGCCGUUCAGCCUCAGGGCCAACCCCAGGAAGAUUCUGAAGAUCAACGAGUGUUUAGAAUUGUGCCCUGUGUGCUUGAAGCUGCCAAACAAGUACGUUCUGAAAAUCUGGAAGGACUUGAUGUUUACAUGCACAUCUUACAGCUACUUACUACAGUAGAUGAUGGAAUGCAAGCAAUUGUACAGUGUCCUGAUACUGGAAAAGACACUUGGAAUUUACUUUUUGACCUAGUCUGCCAUGAAUUCUGCCAGUCUGAUGAUCCACCCAUCAUACUUCAAGAACAGAAAACAGUGCUGGCCUCUAUUUUUUCAGUAUUGUCUGCCAUCUAUGCUUCAAAGGUUGAACAGGAGUAUCUAAAGGUAGAAAAAGUAGAUCUUUCUCUAAUAGACAGCCUGAUUCGUGUCUUACAAAAUGUGGAACAUUGUCAGAAGAAACCAGAGAAUUCGGCAGAGUCUAACACAGAAGAAACUAAAAAGUUUGAUUUAACCCAAGAUUAUUUCCACUUGGAAAUCUUAAAGGAUAUUUCGUGUGAAUUUCUUUCUAAUAUUUUUCAGGCAUUAACAAAGGAAACUGUGACUAAGGGACUAAAGGAGGGCCAGUUAAGCAAGCAGAAGUGUUCCUGUGCAUUUCAAAACCUUCUUCCUUCCUAUAGCCCUAUGGUGGAAGACUUUCUUAAAAUCCUAUAUGAAGUUGAUAAGACCCUUGCUGGUGACCUAGAAGAAAGCUUCCCAAGUUUAAAGGUUCAGACUUAAAAACUGAAUUGUAAUUCCCUCUGCCCAAGAAGUAAACUUUAUUUUUGUUACUGACAGUUGAAAUUGAUGUAUAGGAAGUAUUAGAUAAAACCUGUAUAAGACCAUAGUUGUCUGGUAUUACAUUCAUGCACUUCUCCCUCCCCCGGCCUUAAUCUCAUUUUUGUUUAGUAUUGGAAUCUGGAGUUUCAUCACCAUCAAACACCCCUGCCCCCUUUUUUGGGGGUAUUGGUUAUGUGAUAUUGUUUUCUUCAGGUAAAGAAAACAAAAAUACAAGCUUGUCAUUGACGUUUUUUUCCAAGAAUAAAGACAUCCCAAGGAUUUUUUUCUAUAACUUUUAAUUUGAUUUUUAUGUGAGAAUUUUAUAUUUGUGUCCGCUACAAGCAUAUUCUGCUGCACCAAUAGAAAACCAUAAUAUAAUAGCUUUUAUGCAUUAUGCAAUAAGAAGUCCAGAGGUAGGUAGUCCAGACCUGAUAUGGUGGCUUAGGGACCCUAGCUCCUUUCACGUCCAGGUGUUCUGCCAUGUAGACCUGUGUGUUCAUGUUUAUUGUCUUGUGGUUAAGGGGACUAUACGAUCUCUGGUCCUUUCAUCUACAUUCAGGGAGGGAAAAGAAGAAAGGCAAAGGGGCUAUCUUUGUUGACAGUUGACUGUGUGUGGGUUUAUUUCUGGGCUCUCUGUUCUGUUCUAUUAGUCUAUGUCUGUUUUAAAACAAUCCCAUUUAUAAUCUAUACUAGAGGCCCGUUGCAGGAAGAUUCCUGCAAGAAUAGGGCUUCCUGCGGCUGGAGCAAAGCAGAGAAGGGAGCGAAGCCCGCCCUUUUCCACUGCCUCGCUCCCUCCUGUCUCCGCUGCCUCAGCUCUGCUCCUGUGUCCACUGCCUCGGGACAUUCCAUCGGUGGCGGAACAGCGAGGCUGGAUCGGCUGCCAGAGUGGGCAGAUCAUGUCACGCUGCUUGCCCCCGUGGCCCCUGGCCGGGUCGACAGGCCUGGACACUCCAGCAGCGAUGAAGUGGCACCCCCCCUGCCUUCCCCGCCACCUGCCUGGCCAACAGGCCUGGACACUUAAGCAGCAGUGCUGAGGGGACUGGGUGUCACCAUCUUGUGGCUAUGGGUGCCUCCAUCUUUGUGACAGAGUGAUGGAGUGACUGUUAAUUUGCAUACUAUUUUAUUAGGAUAUACAAAAGCCUAAGCGACCGUUAUGACUGAAGGACCGGAAUGACUGGUCAACCAGUUGCUAUGAUGUGCACUGACCACUAGGGGGGCAGACACUUAAUGCAGGAGUUGCCUUCUGGUGGUCAGUGCACUCCCACAGCCAACCUCCCAGGAUCCCUCCCCCCGGCCAUCCAGUCCCUCGAUGGGCCUUGAUCGCUGGCCAGGCUGAGGGACCCCACCUGUGCAUGAAUUCGUGCACCAGGCCUCUAGUAGCUAUAAUAAAAUGAAAUGCUUACAAAUAACCUUAACCAAGGAGGGGAAAGACUUGUACACUAAAAACUGCAAAACAUUGACAAAAGGAAUUAAGGGAAGCACAAAUAAAUGGAAAGACAUCCCAAGAUCAUGAAUUGGAAGAAUUAAUAUUAUUAAAAUAUUUAUACUGCUCAAAGUAAUCUACAGAUUCAAUACAAUCCCCAUCAAAAUCCCAGUGGCAUUUAUAAAAUAGAAAUAGAAAGAAAACAAUCCUAAAAAUUCAUGCGGCACCAUAAACGACUCCAAAUAGCCAAUGCAAUUUGAACAAAAAGAACAAAACUGGAUACAUUAUACUUUAUGAUUUCAAAAAACAGGGCAGGGCAAAAGUAGAUUUACAGUUGGUCUAUGGAAAAUAAUACAAUAAUUUAUAAAUAAUACAAGAAUAAACUCUGUUUUGAGUACUCACAACUGUAAACUUACUUUUGCCCCAUCCUGUAUAUUAUAAAGUAUUUUAGGUUUCCUUGAAUGAGAUCUGAAAAGUCUCAAUAAUCUGAAAAUUCUACAACCACAUUUAUUUUUCACUAGAGAUGAAUUAAGUGAAGAUAUACCACCACAUGAUACUUCUUGCAAAUAUGAUUUUUACUUAGAACAUUAGAGCUCUUUAGCUGCAGUCUUACUGUAUACCUCUUGCUGCCUCUAAAUACCUUUCCUUGUGAAAUGGUUUUAUUUUUUUUUUUUAAAUUUAUGAGAAUAUAUUUGAGUCCGGCCAGAGUAGCUCAGUGGUUGAGCAUUGACCUAUGAACCAGGAGGUCAAAGUUCAAUUCCUGGUCAGGGCACAUAGCCAGGUUGUGGGCUCGAUCACCAAUGUGGAGUGUGCAAGAGGCAACUGAUCCAUGAUUCUUAUCAUUGAUGUUUCUAUCUCUCUCUUCCUCUCCCUUCCUCUCUGAAAUCAAUAAAAAUAUGUAUGGGG